UUAGUCUGUUAUAAGGUGUAAAGAUAAUGGUGGUUAGUUUGGUACAAAGUUUGAGGUAAACUCUGUAACUCUGUUUCACUUGUUCUGGUAAAAGGGUUGAAAGAAAGUUGUGGGUUAUUUUGGUGUGGUACUUUACUUUAGAACUGUCAUUGUGGGUUUUUAUAUAGACAGAUUCUAUAUUGAUGGAGAAGACAGAGGUGUUGGUAGGAUAUUACAAUUUCCUGUAAGGUGAGAGUGAUGAUAAAUUGUUGAUAAGGAAUGCUUGGUUGCUGUAGUUUCAACUUGAUAUUGUGUUUGUUGAUUCAGUCAAUAUAUUAGCUGCCAGGUUCAGGAAUUCAAUUACCUUGUUUCUGGUGGCCUUGUUUUUUUUGUGUGGUUUUUGUGAUUCCAAAAAUGACACCUUUUUCUUGUUAUGGCACGAGUAUGGAUAAGUCGACUCGGUACUAAUUAUUGGUGUACCUUUGUUUCAAAACCGCUGAUGGUCGUGGGGAGGGAGGAUAAGCCGAACACUUGGUUUGUGGAUUGGUAAUUUCGUGCACACAUGUGACAAUCUAAGUUGAUACAUGUCCCUCAGUGCGUGAUUGGUUCGUCAAAACACUGUGCUAGGUGCCUCACCCCUCAAGGGUACUGUGUAGACUCUUAGGCCCUGUUUUGUUUUCCCUGGACUGAAUGUUACUAAACUGCAACAAAAAAAAGGGCCUUAUUGCUGUAAUGUUUUGCACUGAUGCAUACAGACUGUGGUUAGGUGCAAGCAGGCAACUUUGAUCUGAUGCCUUGUUACUCGACGAGGCAACUUUGAUCUGAUGCCUUGUACUGGCAACAUUUUUUUUCACUUUCUCUCUUUUUGUCUCCUUUUCUCUUUCUUCCGUCGAUUUAUUCCUCAUAUUGACCUGGUUGCUUCUCUUCUUCUUUAUCUCCCCGUUUUCAAUUUCUGUUCUCUCAUAUUGACCUGGUUUAUGUUCUUGCCCCUUCAUGCUUGCUCCCCAUUUUAACCUCUCUUUUCUCCCCUUCCUGCUUAAUCUGAUAAAAAAUGGAAGAGACGGAAGACAAGGAUGUUUUACAGACACAUCUCGCCUAGAACCAGAUCUCCAAGGUAAGGGCUUACCUACUUUUCUCGAUCUCCUAUUAUAUCGGUUCUCAUUUUUUUAACUACUAGGGUUAUAAAGAUUUAUGAAGUUUAGGUUUUUUUGGUUUACAUGGAUGAUAAUUUUAUUUUUGAAUUCGUUCUUUUUCCCGUCAAUUUUCAGAUCCAAUUCUCGAUUCUUGAAGUCUACUGUGUUUGAUUUUGUUUUGGAUUUUAUGAAAUUUAAACAAUUAGAAAUCAUUGUACGGAGAAUGCUAUGAUUGAGUUUAGGAAGAUUGAAGGAGAAUGCUGCUACAAUUAAGAAUGAGUGCUAAUGUGGCCUUAUCUGCCCAAUGGAAAUCAAAUGUUUCUGGCGAUGAACACACCUGGGUCACUUUAAGAGCAAGGUUGGUAACAUCUAACAUGGAUUCCCAGAAGAAUCCAGCUGAAACUAAAUCAUCUGCUACUGCACCAACUCCAGCAAUUGCUUCAUGUCGGAGGAAGAAGAAAGAUGAUGCGACUUUCCUAGAGGAUUUAAAGGGCCAUAUUGAUGAGUUUAUCGAUGCUUCCAUGGAUGAACAUAAGUUAUGCUUCACAAAAACCAUUCAAAAGGGCAGAUGUUUUCAAUAUCGAAGGUAGUGGCACAACGGAAUUCUGAGCAGCAGGAAGUAGAGAGUGUUCUUUUUACCCCUGUUUAGCGUUAGUUUUGACUUUUGAACACCGUUAUAAGUUAAUAACGUAUAUUUAUGAUAUUCUAUCAUCUAGGAUAACUACGUAAUAAACUUGUGACUUAUAUUCACUUACAGAAAUGUUUACUUCUUUGCAAAUAUGCUUCCUUUGUAUCCUGUGCUUUAAAAAUCUGUCUAAUUCUGAGGAUAUUCUAAU